ACUACAACUUCAGCUCCUACGACAACACCAACAACAACAACUACAACAACUGUAGCUCCUACGACAACUGCAGCUCCUACAACAACUUUAUCGUCCACUUCAACCACAGCAGCUGCCUCUACGACAACCACUGCAGCUCUAACUACAACAACUGCUGUUCCUACGACCACUGCAACUCCAGAACCUAUUACGACAACCAGUGCAGCUCCUACUACAACAACUGCUGUUCUAACGACCACAGUGACUGCAGCACCUUCUACAACAACUACAACUUCAGCGCCUACGACAACCACAACAGCAACACCUACAACAACUGUAGUUCCCACGACAACUGCAGCUCCUACAACAACUUUAUCAUCUACUUCAACCACAGCAGCUGCCUCUAUGACAACCACUGCAGCUCUAACUACAACAACUGCUGCUCAAACGACCACUACAACUCCAGAACCUAUUACGACAACCACUGCAGCUCCUGCUACAACAACUACAUCUUCAUCUCCUACGACAACGACCACUACAACUCCAGAACCUAUUACGACAACCACUGCAGCUCCUGCUACAACAACUACAACUUCAGCUCCUACGACAACACCAACAACAACAACUACAACAACUGUAGCUCCUACGACAACUGCAGCUCCUACAACAACUUUAUCGUCCACUUCAACCACAGCAGCUGCCUCUACGACAACCACUGCAGCUCUAACUACAACAACUGCUGUUCCUACGACCACUGCAACUCCAGAACCUAUUACGACAACCAGUGCAGCUCCUACUACAACAACUGCUGUUCUAACGACCACAGUGACUGCAGCACCUUCUACAACAACUACAACUUCAGCGCCUACGACAACCACAACAGCAACACCUACAACAACUGUAGUUCCCACGACAACUGCAGCUCCUACAACAACUUUAUCGACAACACCAACAACAGCAACUACGACAACUGCAGCUCCUACAACAACUUUAUCGUACACUUCAACCACAGCAGCUGCCUCUACGACAACCACUGCAGCUCUAACUACAACAACUGCUGCUCAAACGACCACUACAACUCCAGAACCUAUUACGACAACCACUGCAGCUCCUGCUACAACAACUACAACUUCAGCUCCUACGACAACACCAACAACAACAACUACAACAACUGUAGCUCCUACGACAACUGCAGCUCCUACAACAACUUUAGCGUCCACUUCAACCACAGCAGCUGCCUCUACGACAACCACUGCAGCUCUAACUACA